AUGUCUUGGAAUUAUUGUGCUAUAACUGGAGAAUAGCUUCAUGAACCCGUAGUUUCAAAAAAGAGCGGUCAUGUUUUUGAAAAAAGAGUUAUUGAAAAACAUAUUUAAUCAACUGGUUAAUGCCCAAUUACUGGCUAAGCCUUAAGCAACGAUGAUUUGAUUCCAGUUUAAUUAAAUGUCUAAACUAAACCUAGAUCUGUCACUUCAAAUUCUAUUCCUGGAAUAUUAAAAACAUUUUAGAACGAAUGGGAUGCAUUAAUGCUCGAAACUUAUAAUUUAAAAUAACAUUUGGAAACAGUUCGUUAAGAGCUCUCCCAUGCUCUUUACUAGCAUGAUGCUGCCUGUAGAGUUAUUGCUCGUUUGAUCAAAGAAAGAGAUGAAGCUAGAUUUGAAGUUGCCUAGCUUUAAGAAAAGUUAAGAUAAGGUAAAAUGGAAUUAGAAGAAGCAGAUGCUUAAAAUGAAUAAUAACAAGAGCAAACAAACAAUAAGCUUCCUUAAAAUAUUAUUGAUUCAAUUAAUGAAACAGCUUUAAAGUUAAACUAAAUAAGAAAAGAUAGAAAGAAAGAUGCUGAAUACAAUAGCAAGUUUGCAGCUACUGAGGUCAUUUCGAGCUAUGGUCCUAAGGAAACUGUUGGCUUACAUAGUACUACAAACCCUGGAAUUAAUGCUUUAGAUUAUAAUCGUUAGAGAAAUUUAGUUAUUAGUGGUGGUAAAGACGGAUCUGUUAUCCUUUACAAUACUGUUUAAAAUGUUAUUGAAGGAACAGUGGAAUUAAAUAAACAUAUUGUUGCCUUGACAUUUUUAGGAAACGAUGAAAAUCCCCACUUUGUUGCUGUUACUGAACACGCAGCUCAUCUCUACUAAUUCUAAGCUGAAAAUAAAUAAUUUAAUAGUUUAUAUACCUACAACACUAAUUCUUCAUUUACCUCUGUUUCUGCUCAUCCUAACGGAUCUCUAUUCGUACUUUCUGCCAAAGACGGUUCAGUAACAUACCAUGAUGCAAUUUCUGCUUCUCUCGUUUUAGAAGUUAAUGAUUUAGUUGGAAAGCUCAGUGUUAACAGUAUUUAAGUACAUCCUGAUGGUAACCUUCUUGGUAUCGGAUGUAGUGAUGGCUCAGUUAAAUUGUGGAAUAUAUCUUCUAACGAAAUAAUGACAUCUUUGGAAGACAAUGUCAAUGGAGCAAUAGACUUGAUCAGUUUUAGUGAAAACGGUUAUAUUUUAUCAGUAGGUAGUACAGUUAGUAAAGUAGUAAAGAUCUACGAUUUAAGAAAAGCUAAGUGCAUUAAAACUUUGUUUGGUGAAGGAGAUGAAUUUUCUUUGUCAAGCAUUGAAUUUGACCUUUCUGGUAAUGUAUUUGCUGCUGGUUCUACUACAGGAUAAAUAAAACUCUACGAAACUAAGAAAUGGAACCACCUUUCAACAUUCUCUUAUCAUACAGCUGCCGUUAAAUCUUUGAAGUUUGGUAAUUUCUCAAAAGAAUUAGUUUCUGGUUCUUUGGAUAGAAAUUUAAUUAUUUCUUCGUAAUGA